UUUGCAACCCUGCAGCAGCAUCGUUUUGUGAUCGACGGGGUUAGUGAGCGCCUACUGUGUAAGUACCGAUGUUCCCGGAAAAGGCUGCGUCGGAAGGACCCUGGAGUGACGUAGGGGUCUGCGAUGACGCUGCAGGGCCGCUGACUGCGAUACAUAUUUCCUCAGCCCACCACCGUCCACUGCAAGAAAAACAUCUUCUCUGAACCCAAUCCUUGCUCACCCUACUCGCCGCAUCCCAGCAGCAUCCUGCACCUCGCCCACAUCUGCCCUUUUUACCAAUACUUACAUACAUACACACAUAUACCACCAAAAAUGGUGUCAAGGGCAUUGUCCAUGGGCCUCCGCGCCUGGCAGUUGAUCUGCGCCGUUAUCGUCACUGCGUUGAUGGGUAACAACAUUGCGCGUGCCACGGCUGGAACCCACUCAAUCAUCAACUAUUCCCUCUUCGUCGGCGUCUGGUGGCUGCUCACUCUCCUCUACUUCCUGCCUACGUCCUUCAUCGAAAGGUUCAGUAUCCCGGUCGUCGAUAUUGCACUCGAUGCCCUCAGUGUCAUCUUUGGCUUCUGCGCCGCCGUCGCACUUCCCUCGUACAUCGGUGCCCACAGUUGUUCCAACUCUGUAUACACGCACUCCAACAGCGUCCUCAACAGCUCACCAAACACUGAGCAAAACUGCCGUCAAACCCAGGCCACCACCGCCUUCCUCUGGUUCGGAUGGGCUGCUUUUGUCGCUACCCUCGCCUUCAACCUUAUGAACGGUCGUGGCGGCGGUGCCAACCUCCGUAGCGCCCGCCGUGGCCCCGCCAUGAGCCAGGUCUAGAAUGCCUGCAGAAUGUGUUCAGACGCCUCUUGGAACACGCGGUCAGACACCACCAGUGUCUGAACUUCAACCACAUUCGCUGAGCUGAGCUUGCAUUCCGGCUCUUGUAUGAUAGGAACACGAUGAUGGAUACAACAUCGCACUGGAUGCUGAUGUUGGUUAUGGCAAGGGUUUUACGAAUUGGAUGGGCUUUAUGGAUACCAGUAUACAUAUGACUUUGUUUACCAGCGGGCGUGUUUUACAAUACUAUGAUUUUUCUAAGCGACCGUAGUUACACAUGACUUUCCAUAGCUAAUACAUAGUUUCACUGAUACUCAUUGCUAUUGUCUCC